CCCCCACCCGCCGGCGCGGCCCCUCCGCCUCCCUCCGCCGGCGCCCGGGGCUGGGCCGCAGCUCGGCGGCGCAGACUUAAGGAGCAACAUAGAUAAGUAAAUGUGGAUCAGCUGCACUCUAAGGGAAGUUUAAGCACCUUGCUGCUACAGAUCUUGUCUCAAAUCCCUCCUUAAACUCAGCUGUGACUUGCUGUCUGCUGGCUUUGGCUUCUCUGGCUUUGGCCAGUUUGUCUGAGCUGACUGCAGAGGAGCUGUACAGAAGCUAUGUCAACUGAAGAUAUGGUCCCAAUUAACUAGGAAAUAUUUGCUAAGAAUUAGUGCCAGCAUCGUGAUUUUUCCAUCAUGUCAGAACCUAUCACGCUCAAUGUUGGAGGAAAACUCUAUACCACCUCUCUGUCCACCCUGACUAGCUUUCCAGACUCCAUGUUGGGGGCCAUGUUUAGUGGGAAGAUGCCAACCAAGAAGGACAGCCAAGGCAACUGCUUUAUCGACAGAGAUGGCAAAAUCUUCCGCUAUAUCCUGAACUUCUUAAGAACUUCCCACUUGGACCUCCCUGAAGACUUUCAGGAAAUGGGCUUACUUCGACGGGAGGUAGACUUUUAUCAAAUUCAACCACUGAUUGAGGCCUUGCAGGAGAAGGAGGUGGAGCUUUCUAAAGCUGAGAAGAAUGCCAUGCUCAACAUCACCCUUGAUCAGAAGACACAGACUGUCCACUUCACUGUUCGAGAAGCACCCCAGAUCUACAGUCUGUCUUCCUCCAAUAUGGAAGUGUUCAGUGCUCAUAUCUUCUCCACGUCAUGUCUCUUCCUGAAGCUUCUAGGUUCCAAACUUUACUAUUGCUUCAAUGGAAAUCUCUCUUCAAUAUCCAGCUACCUACAAGAUCCCAACCACUUGACCUUAGAUUGGGUUGCAAGUGUGGAAGGCCUGCCAGAAGAGGAGUACACUAGGCAGAACUUAAAGAGACUCUGGGUGGUGCCUGAUAAUAAGCAAAUCAAUAGUUUCCAGGUGUUUGUGGAAGAAGUGCUAAAAAUAGCCAUGGGUGAUGGUUUCUGCAUAGAUUCUUCUCACCCACAUACAUCUGAUUUCAUGAAAAAUAAGAUUAUUCGCCUAAUUCGGUACAAGUAAGAAUGUCUGUUUAUUAUGGUAACAGCACGGAGAUAACUUAGGUUAAGUGUUUCCCUUUAAAACACAGUUACAGCCUAAUUCAGAAUCAUGCUAAUCUGGAUUAAGAGUCACUAACAGGGGGAUGAUUUUCCUUUAAUGUAUUUACCAAUAUGAUCUUUCAGAAUAUGUCCAUAUUCUAAACAGAAGGAAUAUUGUCCAAUUCCUGGAUUAAGGAUUGAUUCUGUCUCUGCCUCCACCUCUGACCUGCUGUGCAAUUGUGGGGAAAGUCACUUAAUUUCCACCCUUCUUUUAUUUCCAACUGGAAAAUGGGAAUGAUCCUUAACCUAUAUUGCAAGGGUGAUGUGAUGGUUCAGUAAUCAGGUAUCUGGAGAUCAGAUGCAGUGAAAGAUGUCAUGGAGCUGCAACAGAGUGGACAGCCCAGGGGAGCAGAUUUUCCACUCCCUGCUUUGUCAUCUGCCGCUGUGUAGAGCACCCACAAAGCUUUCGUGGAUCAGCAGAGAAGUUUCCCCACAUGCGCACACUCUUAAUACGGCUGUAAAGGAUAGUGCAGACUGCAAAUGAGUAGGGGAUUAUGUCUGAAUGGUUUAAACAAAGGAUUUCUGUUGCCAUGUGAAGCCGACUUGGUUUUGUUUGGUUUUUUUCUGAACCCUGUGAGGAAGCCCCUGCUCUGUUCUGCUUUCAAGGAAGCUGUGUUUCAAUGAUGUGACUGGCACUGUGAACGACCAAGGAAGCUGUAGCAAAGAGAAUGAUGUUCCUACAAAGUGAGAAGAUUGUGGGUGGAGGUGAACUUUACUUUGGAUGCUCAUGAACCUUUGCUUUUACAUUCUGAAGGCAUCAAAGACAACUAGUCCUUUUCUUAGAACAUUGUACUUGUCUGGAGAAGGAUGCUGAAAACACUUUCAGAGGCCCCCCAGAUCUUCUGAAUGUUUGAGCCUGUUCUGCCUGGACCUGGCCUUUUUUGGGGGCAUACCUCCCUUCAGCAGUGCCCAAAAUGUAGGGGAUGGUCUGUAAGUAGGACGGAUUCCAUCUGAAAAGACAACCUGUCUAUAAGGUUAUGCCUAGUAUUUUGCGUUAGGAGAACAGAGGCUCAGUUUUCCUCUGUACAUUGAGCCAUUUCUUACAUCACUGUGAAAUAGUUAGAACACCAAGGACGCAUUUUACCUGCUUGCUUGGGUUUAGUGCAAGAUUGUCAGAGAGGUAAGGCAGGGGGAAACAAUAGGUGAUAACAAUGGUCAGGCCUUUUCCUCUAAGCCUGGUCUGUGCUAUUAUGACGACUGUACUCCACUAGCUGCAUGUCAGCACUAAGCGUAAUUUCUGUCCACAUUCAAGAUGAUUCAUUCUCAGCUAAUUAAGUUUAAAAGUAUCUUAGCUGCCUUUCCCUAGCCAGAUUGCUAUGUGUGCAUGAGAGACCCUCUGGAAUUUUCUCAUUAUCUCUAAUGAGACAGAAGAGAAAAUACAAUGGUCCAGAGGGCAUCCAAUAACCGUCAUAUUUAGAAUUUCAUUGCUUCCAAGUUUUUAGCGCAGGGCUGCAAAGCUCAGUCUUGCUCAUGUUCUCGUUUCCCAAAGAAGCUAUUCUCUUGUUACCCUAUACUUACAUGUGAACAGCAUAAAGGAGAAGUGCUUUGUUAUGGUUGUAAAAAAGAGUGAGAUGAACAUAGUUCUGUUGUCCCAAGCUGUAAUUGCAUGAACAACACAUACCAGCACGUGGAUGGUAAAAAUGCACACUCUGCAGCUAUUGGCAGCCUGUUACAAACCACUUCCCUGUCUGAACUGGUGCAAAACCAGUCCACUAGCAUGGUGUAAGUGUGACCAUAUUCUUGGCAAGUAGGACUGAAGCCCUCAGAAUCAUUAAACCUGGCAAUUUUCGUGAAUCCUGAUGAUUGUAAGCUGGAUGUUUUGGCCAAGUUCCAGCUUGAGUCACCAUAUUCUUCUAGUUUUAGCUGCAUUAGGAUGGACAUUUUUUUCCCACUCCUGUCCUGAAUUAUAAAAUGGGAGUAAUCCAUUCCAGAAGUUGCUGUAUGCCACUUAGAAAGCAAAGUGACUCCUACGUGAAUCUUAUUUCCACCGUGAGUUUGCCGGUCAGUUGGACAUUCACAGUGAUGACCUACUCAGCUGAUGAUCUGUAAAAUGUCAUAUGUGAACCCACUUUCAUCAAAUCUAUGCCUUGAAGCAGAUAAGCCUUUGCUGAAUUUAGUGGUAACAGAGCUUUUGGGGGGCUGUUGGCAGUAUUUCUUUUUUUAACCAAAGCCCUUGAGAAUAGGUUUUACAUUAACUGUAACAGGAGUUUUUGUAUGUCAGGACCAAAAGAUUACUUAUUCGUAGUAAUUUGGUUUCCUAUCAACUUAAGUUCAUCCAGUGUUAAGAACAACGGGCUUGAUUCUUAUUUGGAAGGGGGAACAACGCUGAUCCACACUUUUUAGAACUCUGGAUUGGUACUCACCCAUUCUGCUUCAGUAAAAUGAAAAUAUUAAAAAGAGUUGAAUUAUUACUGCAUUUUCUGCUGAAUGGCAUAUAUGAGGAGGCACCAGGAGCACUAUGUAUAGCUUUGUUGUAGCCCCAGAAUCUGGAGUAUUUGCUCUUUCCUUUUGCUCCUAUCCACCUUCCUUUUUUCAGACAGUAGCAGCACCCACAGUAAAAACAGACUUUUUUAAAAAAAAGCCUAAUAAUAGUCUAAACAAGAAAUGAAGAAUUCCCCAACUUGGCCUAGACAGUAACUGGAGUAAUUCUGCUGACAUGGAAAUAUGGGUUUGAAUCCCUACAGCUGAGGAGGGAACUGAACCCAGGUCUCUUCUUUCUCGAGUGCUUUAAUCCAUCAGUUCAUUAUGUUAAAUAUGGAAACUUUAAUCCACAUUUAUGUAUGCUUAGGUGACUAAAUCAGGCAAAGGUACACUUGCUCACACAUCUCUGUUAUUUCUUAGUAACUUCCAUAUGCAGAGAUGUAAAAUUUUCCACAAGUGUAAUGGCAUGAAUGAGAACAGGCUUUGGGAGGAAUAGGAAUUUGGGGUAAAACUUGAGAUGUCUGUAAAUUUCUUAGCAGGAUAAACAUCUUUAACAUUUUUAAGAAUGAGAUACUAUUUAUAAUACCACAGUAGUGCUGCAUGUUAACCAAGUAUGUGAAAUAAGUGAUAUGUGAAUCACUUUGAAUUAUGGUCAGAUAUAUGUUAUACAAAUGCAGUUGCUACUUCCAGCUAUGCACUAAGCUAAAUUUAUAGCUGUUCCUUAAUUUUGCACUCUGUCAGCUAUGUUAUAAUGUGUGUUUAUAGGAAUGUUCUCUCUGAAGCGUUUGUUCCUUUUUCAUCUAGCUAGCUAGCUGCUAUCUCUGAGCCCUAGAGGUAUAACUUGCUUUUUGUUUACCAGUCAACAGCAUUGAUGAUUCUUGUUCUCAACAGUUUUUCUGAAUUAAAGUGUACAAGCACAAAGCCAUAUUAAGCACUUAGGGUACAACACAACUUCAUCUCUAGUCAUGAAAAGCAUUUGAAAUUUAUCAGUAAUAACAUCUAAAAAUUAUUUUACUGUUGGAGUGGAAUACUUUCUCUCAGAACAAACUUCUUAAUUUGUCUAUAAGGAGCUGAGCACAAGCAAAAGAUCUAGUGAUUUGUUUUCCUCCUUAAGGUUUCUAGGAUUGUUUCUUCCUAUACACUCAUAUUCUUACAGUCUUGUAGGAAGUAUUCCUGUUCUCUUGUAUAGUAUUGCAAACUCUCUUCUGAGGUGCCCAAGUCUCCGUUCAGCAUACAAGAGGCACUGGCACGUACAUCGGCCUUGUGAACCCCACUCCCAGGGCUGGGCUUUUCACUUUGAGCAAUUCUCUGCUGCACAUCAUGGUGCCCAGCUUCCAUUUUUAUUCUGGUCUAGGCCUGUCUGCCUCAACGCCUCCAUCUACAAAACGAGCCUAAGUCACGCACUUUAAUGGCUUAUGCUGAGAAACCCACUGAAUAGAGAUCAAGUGUUAGAAAAGAAAAACACCACAAAGCUAGGGCUGAUGAUAAGUUACUAGCUGUAGUGUGUUGCCAUUGUCAGAUACAGGCACGUGCACAGAACGAUGGGAUUUCUUAUAGGAGAAGAACAUGAUAAUAAAGCAUCUUCGUGGAGUCCUGCAAAAAUCACUCAUGGAUUUCUCUGUAUGCUGUUAGGCUUGAUAUCUCUUUAUUAUCUAAAAAUGUUCAAUUAUAAUGAAGGGACUGAAGCCAUAUACAAAUACUAAGAGGUCUUUCAUUCAUGUAGCCCUUGUUAAGGGAUGUUAGGAGAAGGUGAGAGGAGUCUUUAUUGCUGCAGGUGAUGGCAGGGAAAUGGAAGGAGUAUUCAAGUGUUCAAUGCAAGGAGAAUUGAAGUGUUUGUCGAGAAAUCCAGGAUUCAGAAGGGAGAGAAGAAAGAAUCUAGAAACGUUCAGAAAAAAAAGAAACAGCAAGAUUAACAAUGUAGACAAAGAUUUUGCUAUGGAAAGAGGCUGUGAUUAGAAUGAUUCAGUGGCCUUUUCCAGUUUGAAUCCACUAUUAUGCAACUUGCAUAUAAACAGUUGGUCAUGCUAGAAGUUAUGCUGGUAGUAACUUGCCAAGAGAAGACAGCUUCACUUAGAUUUGCAUGUGCUUUAAAUCACCAAACGUAUGCACUGCUUAAGUUACCCAUACUCUUCGUUGACGUGGUUGCUGAAUAUGAAUUGCUACUUGAGUUCACUGGCAAUAAACACCUGCAAUUAAUCAAAAAUAUUCCCACUCUAGAGAAGGCUGAUGUGGUCCACAUACAAAGUUGCAAGAGUGAUGAGUGUUACCUUCAGCGCAUGCCAUAGACUCUAAAUCUAGGAUCUUCGGAUACUUCACAGAUAAACAGAGAAGUUAUGAAGAAGACUUGUUUGGGGGAGUUUCAUUUUCACCCCAAUCCUUUUGAAUUUGGCAUCAUUGCUUAGACUUGAAAUGUAUUUUGAAGUAUUUAACUGUCCUUAUGAUGCAGGCCCUUCCCAGUGAAAGUCUUAUCUGUGAAUUUCUUCAGGCAGUCAUGUAGCUAUGCCCUGUGAGAAGGGCUGCACUGAGCAGAGAUACGCAGAUCAUGCGCUCAGUUUCCCUUGGAAAUAACAUGAGGAAUGGCUUUCUUAUGGAUUUGGGGGGGGGGGGGAAGCUAUGGAGGAAAACUGUAUGGAAUGAACAAUUUCCCCUCUCUUUAUGCUCUCUCCAUUCUCCUCCCCCUUAUUUUCUUGUUCCUAAUGCUAAAAGAUUUUCCAGUUCGUCAGAACUCAAUCUCUGAUUCACUAAGAGCUACGCUUUUGAAUGAGUACUUUCUAGAAAGUGUCAAAAGGUGGCUUUUAUCUCUUACCACUUUUACAGAGAGCCUGUAGAGUUACUACAUUUAAAAAAUGUGGUUGCGUUUCUCUGCCUGUAACUCUUGUAACCUGUUACUAAUGUGUAUUUAGAAAACAGUAAAUAAAAUGUGAAUGAAGCAUUC